AUGGUUAUUAAAUCAGGUAACUCAGAUGUCAUCGGAGACCACGAGCAGAGUCCCAAUAGGGUCUUCUGGGCCUGUAUCAACCAUCUGGGCAGCCAUAUCUAUGGAGGACUAGAGCAGUACAACCAAACCUGGCCCAUAGAGGAAAACGUGUACAGCUGUUACUCGUACGUCAGCAAAGAGCAAGACAAUGUUGGCGUGGCAGAGCGUUACUGGCUCUUCUCCGAUGGCCGGUACGUUUACAUUCCUCAAUACGUGCCUCUUUUCAUAGAACAGAACACGAAUACGCCAGAGGAUGCAUUAUGUUUCACUUCCAAGAGUGUUACGGAGAUAACAAUCUGCAAAUACGAAAACGAAAGGGUUGCACACGAGAAGGCCAUCGCAGAUCGCCUAGGCAAACCCGUAGGCAUUCUAGACGAGCGCAUAACCACGCAUCCUAUACGGUCGACGUGGGCGCGUUACAAGAGAGAUAUCAACGACACGACAGUGAGACAGUUCGCCAACGAGAUAGUAGAUCACGACUUCAACAACAGCCAGACUGAGAUAGACGACAAGUGGCAUACUUGUUACGGCAGCCUCACGUUCGACCCCGCCAAAUUCCCUGAUGUCAGAGCGCUCGUAGACGACCUGCACGCUCUUGGGUUCCGUGUCACACUGUAGGUGCACCCGUUCAUCAACUCUGACUGCGAACCGCAUUACUCGAGGGCGCUUGAGAGGGCCUGGUUCGUCAGUGACUCCGAGGGGAGCACCAACACCAGCUGGUGGAACGGUGAGGGCGGCAUCAUCAACUUCAACGACGCUUCAACUAAUGGCCAAUGGGCUAGUCGUGUUGCGAAACUUACGAGUGAGACGGGAAUAGACUCGUUCAAGUUCGACGCCGGCGAGACCAGCUGGCUACCACAGCCUCCAGUACUGAGGCCACAGAAGAUGAACCCGGUGCAGUACUCUAUGGACUACGUGCAGACCGCUGCCCAGUUCGGGGCGAUGGUGGAGGUUCGCGUCGGCCAACACAGCCAGCAGUUCCCGUACUACGUCCGCAUGCUCGACAAGGACAGCAGAUGGGGCUUCGACAACGGCCUGGCUUCGCUGGUGACGACGCUGCUGCAGAUGAACAUGGUGGGCUACCCCUUCGUCCUGCCAGACAUGGUGGGUGGCAACGGCUACGGCAGCGACGUCCUCACCAAGGAGCUCUUCAUUCGCUGGCUGCAGGCCACCGUCUUCAUGCCGGCCAUUCAGUUCUCCUACGCGCCCUGGGACUUUGACGACGAGACGGUGGACCUUACUCAGCUCGUGGAGCUUCACGGUCGCUAUGUGGCGCUGAUGCGGUAUAGGACGCCGACUCCGUCAACCCCCCCAGUCUGGUGGGUCGACCCCACCGACGACGACACGCCCCUCGGCAUAAACUCAGAGUUCCUGCUGGGAGAGGACCUGUUGGUGGUGCCGGUGCUGGAAGAAGGUGCCAUCAACCGCGACAUCUACCUGCCGACGGCCAACUGGACAGACGAGGUUGACGCGGAACACCCCAUAAUAGAGGGACCCGUUUGGCUCACCAACUACUCGGCUCCGCUCAGCGCCCUGCCAUACUUCUCGAGUAUCUCUAGUUCUUUGGCAUUACAGUUCAUAAUUGUAAACUGCCUUUGGGAUCUGAAAUAA